AUGUCUUUUACCCAAGAAUUGGCGUCAUGGAUGACCCCGACGAAGCUGGACCUCGCAAACCCUCCGAAAGCGGGGGACUAUGCACCGAGCACCGAUUUGCUGCAACUCCCCAGGGCCGACGCGAAGGCCGCCGUGGUCGUGUUUCUUAGGCAUUGCGGUUGUCCAUUCGCCGAGAAAUCCUUCAUCGUCCUCCGCGAAGCAGCCUCCAAGAACCCGAACGUCGCCUUCAUCGCCGUCUCUCACUCCUCGGAAUCUCACACGAAGAAGUGGCUGUCUGAGGUUGGAGGCCCCGGCGAGAAGAACCCCGUUGAAGUCAUAACCAAUGAAGAACGCGAUGUUUAUGCCAAAUGGGGCCUCGGCGCGUCGAGCUUCAUGCAUGUCCUUAGUCUGAGCGCGCUGUCAAACGUGUUCAAGCUGUCACGAGAGGAAGGCAUCGCCAACAGGCCUACAGAGAGCGGGAGCCGGUGGCAGACUUCUGGGGCCUGGGCCGUGGAUGGGAAUGGCAAGGUCACUUGGGGCGGCCCGGCCCAAACAGCGUCUGAGAUUCCCAACGUCGACGAGGCAUUGUCGUCACUACAUUGA